AUGUGGCAGCUCCACAUUUCUCAUUGUCCUCCCAAGCACACCCAUUGGCUACAGACUGUGAGAAACUCCAACAAGCCCAAGACACAGACAUUCAUAUGCAGAUUUGGGACUAUAUAUAGGAGAGAUGAUGCUAGUAUAAAUCAGAUUCACUCUGCACAGAGACCUCCACAGCACAGAGAUCCAGCCUUGGCGCCUACAAUCACUUCAGCAAUGAUCUACUGUAAGGAGCACCUGACUCUGACCAAAAAGGUACAUUGAAGAUUCAAAUUUAAGGACCAUUAUUCAGUUUGAUUAGAUGUAUUAUUUGUUUCAAUAAUACCAUAUUCCAGAACAAUGUUAUUAAUGACUCUCCUCGUCUCUUCUUGCAGCUAAGGAAAACCAGUGGUGUAGAAGUUAUGUAGAGAUCGUAUCAACAGCAGCAUUGUGCAGCUCAAAUCUCUCCUGGGUCCAGAGAUCCUCAACCAGCAGCACGACUUCAAGCUGGAUAAAGCAGACAUCCUGGAAAUGAGAUUUUGCUUCCUGAGACGACAGCAACAGUACCAGCCAGUGAGCUCCUCCUCCUGCUAAGCACCUGUCAAUCAGGGCUACUCCAGGUGUGUCCAAGAGAUUUUGCACUUCCCGUCCAAGGAUGAGGUGAAGACACAUCCCAGAGAAGACUGCUGAGCCACUUCCAGAGCCUGCAGCCAUCCUCUGAUAAGAACAGGAGGGAGAGUGACCUGCCUCAGCUGAGUCCCCCACCCCAGCACAGUCCAGUCCAGUCAACAGCCCCCUCUGGAGGCCCUGGUAGAGUCCUACAGACUGGAUCUCCACUCUCGGACAAACAAAAUGGAUCAUGUUGGUCUUACAUUAAUGUUGUGGACAGUAAUGAGAAUAGAAAGAGACAUAAUAUUCUACUUAUGCAGGACAUUUCAAAGUUCUGUUUUGACUGUGCUUGUUGUUUUUUCAUUAAUGUGUGAAAAAGCCUUCCUAAUGGAAGUUCAUAUUGAUAUUACCUUUUAUAUUUUCCUCUGUGAGGAAAUAUCAUCACUUUUCAUGUAACAUGAGUAUCAUGUAAAUUUAUUCUUACUGUGUAAGACGAAAUUCCUCAAUCUGCUAAGGGUGGUUUAUAUUCUGCACUGUUCAGAAAAUGCAAAACAACCACAAAGGAACAAUUUAUUUCAUUUUUAAAAAAUGUUUCUGAGUGAAUUUAUCUUCUUUGAAGAUUUGUCUUGAAUUAUCAUUCAUAAUUGACCCAUUAUAGUCUAUUUAUUACCCACAUUGGGUAAGAAAGCGCACAAAGAAUGUUUACAUUCUUGAAUUAUGCAACAAUAUCCUUAUGUGAAGGAAUUUCAGAAAAUAUUUUAUUGUUUAUGACUUACAAAUCUUUAAUUGAUUUGAUUGAUAUUCAAGCCUGUUUUUUUUGUGAUUCACUACCAAUGUUACAGCUUUUAAAUGCUCAUAUUAUAUUGAGAUAUGUAUCUAACAAAUGCAUUUGUCUAUACAGUAUGUUUCUUCUAUGAAGAUUUCAUAUAACCCACACUCUAUGAUGUGUCUUGAAGAUGUUUUCAAGCAAUUGCAGGGAUGUUUCAUCACAUAGUUUAAGAAACAUAUUUUCUAUAUGAUUCUUUUUUUUAUUAUUCAGUGUAUCUGAUUGUUUGUGUGGUUUAUCAAAAUCCUAUACUUUGCAUUAGAGUCCAAGUACUGGUCAUUUGACAUCCUAAAAUCUUAGAUCCAAGGAAGAAAGAUGCAAUGGUUUAUGAACGUCAUCAAUAAAUAUACGAUUGUCCUGUAGUUACAGUGCCUUCAGAAAGUAUUCAUACCCCUUGACUUAUUCCACAUUUGUUGUGUUAAAGCCUGAAUUGAAAAUGGAUUAUAUACAUAUUUAUUCUCACCCAUCUUCACACAAUACCCUAUAAUGACAAAGUGAAAACAUGUUUUAGAAAUGUUUGCAAAUUUAUUGGAAAUUAAAUACAGAAAUAUCUCAUUUAUUUUACAUAAGUAUUCACACCCCUGAGUCAAUACAUGUUAGAAUCAUCUUUGGCAGCGAUUACAGCUGUGAGUCUUUCUGGGUAAGUCUCUAAGAGCUUUGCACACCUGGAUUGUACAAUAUUUCACAUUAUUAUUAAAAUAAUUAUUCAAGCCCUGUCAAGUUGGUUGUUGAUCAUUGCUAGACAGCCAUUUUCAAGUCUUACCAUAGAUUUUCAAGCCAAUUUAAGUCAAAACUGUAACUAGGCCACUCAGGAACAUUCAAUGUUGUCUUGGUAAGCAACUCCAGUGUAUAUUUGGCCUUGUGUUUAAGGUUAUUGUCCUGCUGAAAGGUGAAUUUGUCUCCCAGUGUCACGCCCUGACCUUUAAUGCCUGUUGUUUCUUGUUGGUUUGGUCAGAGUGUACAUUCUAUGUUUGUAUAUCUAUGUUGGCCGGGUGUGGUUCCCAAUCAGAGGCAGCUGUCGAUCGUUGUCUCUGAUUGGGGAUCAUACUUAAGUAGCCAUUUUGCCUACCUAUGUUGUGGGAUCUUGUUUCUGUGUGUUUGGCUUGUUUGAGGUUUAGCCUUUAGAACUUCACGUUACGUUGCUUUUGUUGUUUUGUCGGUGUUUAUAUAAUAAACGAACAUGUACGCAUACCACGCUGCACCUUUGUCCAAUCCUGUACUCUACGAACGUGACAGAAGAUCCCACCACCAACGGACCAAGCAGCGUGCCCAGGAGGAGCAAACACCUUGGACACAGGUGGGGAAGACACUUUGGUCUUGGGUGGAGAUAUUUGCUGGUAAAGGACCCUGGGCGAAGGUAGAAGCCCAGGUAGGAGAGGAUCAACGGCGACGCCAACGGUGCCGACGACGAAGGAAGCCCGAGAGACAGCCCCAAUAACAUUUUUUGGGGGGGCACACAGGGUGGUUGGUGGAGCCAGGGGGCAGACCAGAGCCAACUACCCGCACUCGCUGUAAGGAGCGUGUGUUCAUUGAGGAAUCAAGUUAUGCUACGCCUUCACAGCCCAGUGCGUCCUGUACCAGCGCCCCGCACGUGCCGUGCGAAAGUGGGCAUCCAGCCAGGACGGGUUGUGCCAGCUUUACACUCCAGACCUCCAGUGCGCAUCCACGGUCCAGUAUAUCCUGCGCCGGUUCUACGCACUGUGUCACCAGUGCGCCUCCCCAGCCCGGUACGGCCCGUACCUGCUCCCCGCACCAAACCAGUGGUGCGUGUCAUCAGCCUGGUACGCCCUGUGCCUGCUCCUCGCACCAGACCAGUGGUGCGUGUUCCCAGUCCGACACGGCCCGUUCCUGCUCCUCGCACCAAACCAGUGGUGCGUGUAUCCAGUCCGGCACGCCACGUACCUGCCCCCCGUGCCAAACCAGUGGUGCGUGUCGCCAGUGGUGCGUGUAUCCAGUCCGGCACGGCCCGUGCCUGCUCCUCGCACCAGACCAGUGGUGCGUGUUCCCAGCCUGGUGCGGCCCAUGCCUGUUCCUCGCACCAGACCAGUGGUGCGUGUCCCCAGCCCGGUACGGCUGGUACCAGAGCAGUCCGCUCCACCGGUGUCCAGUCCAGCUCCGGUCAGCUGCUCCACUCCAGUGCCAGAGCAGUCCGCUCCACCGGUGCCUAGUCCAGCUCCGGUCAGCUGCUCCACUCCAGUGCCAGAGCAGUCUGCUCCACCGGUGCCCAGUCCAGCUCUGGUCAGCUGCUCUAGUCCAGAGCCAGAGCUCUAUGGCUCUAUUCCGUUUCUUUUUAUCCCCCAAAAAACUCCCUUGCCGAUGACAAGCAUACCCAUAACAUGAUGCAGCCACCAACAUGCUUGAAAAUAUGAAGAGCGGUACUCAGUGAUGUGUUACAGUGAGGGAAAAAAGUAUUUGAUUCCCUGCUGAUUUUGUACGUUUGCCCACUGACAAAGAAAUGAUCAGUCUAUAAUUUUUAUGGUAGGUUUAUUUGAACAGUGAGAGACAGAAUAACAACAAAAAAAUCCAGAAAAACGCAUGUCAAAAAUGUUAUACAUUGAUUUGCAUUUUAAUGAGGGAAAUAAGUAUUUGACCCCCUCUCAAUCAGAAAGAUUUCUGGCUCCCAGGUGUCUUUUAUACAGGUAACGAGCUGAGAUUAGGAGCACACUCUUAAAGGGAGUGCUCCUAAUCUCAGUUUGUUACCUGUAUAAAAGACACCUGUCCAAAGAAGCAAUCAAUCAAUCAGAUUCCAAACUCUCCACCAUGGCCAAGACCAAAGAGCUCUACAAGGAUGUCAGGGACAAGAUUGUAGACCUACACAAGGCUGGAAUGGGUUACAAGACCAUCGCCAAGCAGCUUGGUGAGAAGGUGACAACAGGUGGUGUGAUUAUUCGCAAAUGGAAGAAACACAAAAUAACUGUCAAUCUCCCUCGGCCUGGGGCUCCAUGCAAGAUCUCACCUCGUGGAGUUGCAAUGAUCAUGAGAACGGUGAGGAAUCAGCUCAGAACUACACGGGAGGAUCUUGUCAAUGAUCUCAAGGCAGCUGGGACCAUAGUCACCAAGAAAACAAUUGGUAACACACUACGCCGUGAAGGACUGAAAUCCUGCAGCGCCCGCAAGGUCCCCCUGCUCAAGAAAGCACAUAUACAAGCCCGUCUGAAGUUUGCCAAUGAACAUCUGAAUGAUUCAGAGGAGAACUGGGUGAAAGUGUUGUGGUCAGAUGAGACCAAAAUCGAGCUCUUGCACAAAGUGAGUCCAUGCAACUUAUGAUGUGACUUGUUAAACACAUUUUUACUCCUGAACUUAUUUAGGCUUGCCAUAACAAAUGGGUUGAAUACUUAUUGACUCAAGACAUUUGAGCUUUUCAUUUUUAUUAAUUAGUAAAAAUGUCUAAAAACAUUAUUCCACUUUAUGGGGUAUUGUGAGUUGGCCAGUGACACAACAUCUCAGGCUGUAACACAACAGAAUGUUGAACAAAUCAAGGGUUGAGAAUACUUUCUGAAUACUUUCUGAAGGAACUGUAUGUAAUAUUCUGUGUUGAUUAAUUGAGUUGAAUGUUUAGAGGUAUGAGAUAUGUACUGUACAUUUUCCCUGACAGCCAAAAGUACUCGUUACAUUUUGAAUGUUUAGCAGGACAGGAAAAUGGUCCAAUUCACACACUUAUCAAGAGAUGGACUCACUAAACACACACACUUUGUUUUUAAAUGAUCUCUGAUUGUUGGAGUGUGCCCCUGGCUAUCCAUAAAUAAAUAAAACUAGAAAAUGGUGCUGUCUGGAUUAAUUAAUGUGAGGAAUUUGAAAUUAUUCAUACUUGUACUUUUGAUACUUAAGUAUAUUUUAGCAAUUACAUUCACUUUUGAUACUUAAGAAUAUUUAAAACCAAAUACUUUUAGACUUUUACGCAAGUAGUAUUUUACUGGCUGACUUUCACUAUUACUUGAGUCAUUUUCUAUUAAGUUAUCUUUACUUUUACUCAAGUAUGACAAUUGGGUACUUUUUCCACCACUGUUUGCAUGUUUGUCUGUGCAGAAGUGCUUACUUGUGCAAUGUCAUUACAAAAGGCAAAUAUACUAUUUUUACAUUUGUCAAAUGUAUCUGUUCCGCAUUGUUCCAUAGAUUACAGGCAGUUCUGUAUCUUGAGUUAGCUAAUAUGUUGAUGCGUGGUAGAGUUUCUAAGUGUUUUACAAAAAUAAAGCUUAUUGAUACCCUCAUCUUAUCAUAGUCAAAUGGGAAGACAGAGAGUAAGUAACCUUCUUUGUCUGGGACUGGACUCAACUGCAUAACUAAUGUGAUGAGUAAUAAGACACACUUCUAUUGUUCCUCCAUUGAAAGCAAAGCAGUGAAUGGAGAGAGUGUGGGAAACCCAGGAAAACUCACUCACAGAGCCUCUUAAGGACAAUACACUCAGACCCCUACUUAGGGGGGUCAAGGGAUAGGGAGAGGAAUUUUGAUUGUUAUAUUUCAUUAUCAUAGGCCUAUGUUUAGUAAAUGUUCACAUAAUUUCGCAAAACAAAAAAGUUAAUAAAGUCUGGUGAAAAUCAUAGAUUUCAUAGUCUUAUUUUGAAAUGUAUUGUUACAGACCUUAUACUAAUACUAAUGAAAAAAGGUCAAUAAUAAUUUGCCGUAUGGUUAACCCUUCAGGAUUUUGAAUUAAACUUGUUGCCUCUUGUAUAGGCUACCGAGACUAUGACUCGGUAGCCUACACAGGCCGUCAUUGUAAAUAAGAAUUUGUUCUUAACUGACUUGCCUAGUUAAAUAAAGGUAAAAUAAAUAAAUAAAUAAUCAAUUAGUCAAAAAUUUGUGUUUAUCACCAUCUAAAUUGUCAAAUAUCUAAGAAACUAACUUUACCCCCAGGGGCUUGAUGGGAACUGCUUGUGUAGAGACGAUAGCAUUUAACAAGGCACACUUCUAUUCUAUUCACUUCUAUUGUUAUGUGGAAGCUCUCUCAAUGUGCAGAGUGUGGGAAAGCUCUGGAGAGCAGAGUCUCAGUUCAGUUUCAUGAGAAUUAUCAUAAUCAGUCCCACCAGCACCUGACUGUCUGGGGAACACCCAGAGCCACUGGGGAAUAGGCACACGUAUAGAGGGGAAUUAAAAAAUAAACAGUGAUUUGCCUAUUUGGUUAAGUACAUUUUUAACACUAUUCCUAUCUUUAUGGAAGAAAAUCUUAUAUAAUAUAAUCUUAUUAUUGUAAUAACAUCAUAUGUUUCCUUUCAAAUAUAGCUAUUGUCUAGGACAAAGAGAAUCAAUAUCAGCUCAAAUACCAUUUAGAAAACAGAUUGAAUUGCAGACAUUGACUUGGACUAACUUGGAUACACGGUCUGUACCUAUAAGAGUAUGUGUUGAACCAGCCAGUGCAGGAGUUUCCCUCCAGAAUCCAGAUGGUCUGUGAUGUCAGGCUCUGGCUAUCGUACACCACAGAGCCAAUAACCAUCACUAAUGGUCCACUAAACAGCUUUUGUAGUGCAUUGAUCACAGCACACAGGACUCAGUGUGGGAAAAUCAGAUCAGCUCUCUACUACAGAGGACACAUCUGCUACCUCCGGACUUCCAAAACUGUAAGUGUAUUCCCUCCACUCCGAAUAAUAGGAACAGUAUUGCAACAUUUCUCUCAAAUAGUUAUGAGAAAUGAUGAUGAAGUCACGCCAAUAUCGAUCUACAUUUUGCUCAUAUUGCUAUUUUCUCUGUCUUCUAUAAGAAUUCAACCCAUUAUACUGAUUAUGCUGACUUCAUAAUAAUAACAAAAAACAUUUAGCAUGAAUAAUUCUGAAUGAAUCUCAAACGUGUUAAAACUUUUUACGGAUAAAGCAAACACGCAAACAAGCUAAAAUACUGAAUUUGCAAACGGCAAACAAGCCGUUUCUCUAUUCAGGAAAACAAAUAAAGAGGUAAUAUUCAUAAUGCAGUCACCAAAUACGAUACGGUAGGCUAUGAAUCUUCCAAUAAAAUGUAUAAGAAAGUAGUGUAAGUUUUAAUGCAGAAGAUAUGUGUCAGUCCCGCACGUGUACAUUUUGAUGAUGAGUGUAUGCACUGUCUGUGUCACUGAGCCAUUAGGCAGGAAAUCUGGGGGUCACCACUUUCCCAGAUUCACACAGCGCUCUGUGAGUCACUCUCCAUCACCCCCCACCUCUCCACCUGUUCCCCUGAGACGUGACCAUUGUCCCCAGCAUUAAGAACCCAAGCUACCCCAUUGGCUACAGACUGUGAGAAACUCCAACAAGCACAAGACCCACACAUUCAUAUGCAGAUUUGGGACUAUAUAUAGGAGAGAUGAAGCAAGUAGAAAUCAGAUUCACUUUCUACACAGAGUCCUCUACAGCACAGAGAUCAAGCCAUGGCACCUACAAUCACUUCAGCCAUGAUCUACUCUAAGGACCACCUGACUCUGACAAACAAGGUAAAUUGAAAUUACAAUUUGCUUUAUGAUUUGUUUCUUGAUAAUAGAAAUAAAAAUAAUAUUUUUAUCACACCUCUGAUAUAUUUUAGAACAAUGUUAUUAAUGACUCUCCUUAUCUUUUUGCAGAUUAGAAAGCCAGUGGUGGAGAAGUUACGCAGAGAUCGUAUCAACAUUAGCAUUGAGCAGCUCAAGUCUCUCCUGGGUCCAGAGAGCCUCAACCAGCAGCCUGACUCCAAGCUGGAGAACGCUGACAUCCUGGAGAUGACAGUUUGCUUCCUGAGAUGACAGCAACAGUACCUGCCAGUGAGCUCUUCCUCCUGCUCAGCACCUGUCAAUCAGGGCUACUCCAGGUGUGUCCAAGAGAUUGUACACUUAGUGUCCACGGAUGAGGUGAAGACACAGUCUCAGAGAAAACUUCUGAGCCACUUGCUGCUGGACCUCCAGAGCCUGCAACCAUUCUCUGAUAAGAACAGAAGGGAGAGUGACCUGCCUCAGCUGAGCUCCCCAGCUCAGCACAGCGUCAGCAAAGAGAAGAGUCAAGUCAUCAGCGCCCUCUGGAGGCCCUGGUAGAGUCCUACAGACUGGAGCUCCACUCUCAGACAAACACAAUGGACCAUGUUGGUCUAAGAAUAAUGUAAUGGAUGUUAGACAGUAAUGAGAAUAGGAAGAGAUCUUCUUCCUUGUCGGCUCAUGCAGGACAUUUCCAAGUCCUCAUUACAGAGAAUUUCAUCCUUAUCUUCUGCAUUUGCAGGAGUUUAUUCUAUAAGUUUUGGUUUUAAUGAAAAGGGCAUUGAACAAUAUCAAUAUUUGAAUGUUCCCCUCUUGAUUACAAGAGGAUCAAUUGAAUAUUCUGUUUUUAUUUUCGUUUCACGAAUAAGUUUAUAUUUCAUUUUUAUAAAGUGAAUAUACUGUGUAUUUUUCCCUGUGGGGAGUGUUUUUAAAAAUAAUUUAUGAAUUGGUGUUCACUGUCUUCCUAGUGGAAAGAUUAGUAAAAAAAUGUCAUUCCUAUUUGUACUGUUUUGAUAUUGAUAUUAAAACAUACAAACAGUAUCAUAUGUCAUAAUUAUAAAAAAUGAUAUCUGCAUUUAAGCCAGAAUAAGUUUCUUCCUCUCGAUUGCGAGAUGAGUUAAAACAUGUGUACUGGUUUGUGUCACUAUGUGAGUGUAUCAGUAUCACUCGCCUUCCGAGAAGGUAUUGUUAAGCUUGAAAAUAUGUUUUCAAAAUGAAUGUAAAUCUUCAAAUCAUGUCGAUGCGAAUAAAAACAAUCAUCGAAAACAAUUAUUAUGUUUUUUUGAUUCAUUACACGCCAUUGAAAUUUCAAAUGUCUAAAUCUUUCAAAUUAAAUCGUUUUUUUCCAUAUAUGUACAGUACGUACUUACCUGCAAAUUAGUCAUGCAGGAAAUACACAAAUUCGUAUGCUGCCUAUUUCUCAUGACUAAAUGUAAUCGAAAAUAUAAUAUACUGUAAGUAAUCCCCAAAACAAAUUAUUGAUCAUGAGAGGGCCAUAAACAAUAACUAGUAAUGCUGCAUACAUUGCAUUCGAGAAGUAUUCAGACCCCUUCACUUUUUCCACAUUACGUUACAUUACAGCCUUAUUCUAAAAUGGAUUACAAAUAUAAUAAUCUCAUCAAUCUACACACAAAACACCAUAAUGACAAAGCGAAAACAGGUUUUUAGAAAUACCUUAUUUACAUAAGUAUUCAGACCCUUUGCUAUGAGACUCGAAGUUGAGCUCAGUUGCAUCCUGUUUCCAUUGGUCAUCCUUGAGAUGUUUCUACAACUUAAUUGGAGUCCACCUGUGGUAAAUUCAAUUGAUUGGACAUGACUUGGAAAGGUACACACCGGCCUAUAUAAGGUCCCACAGUUGACAGUGCAUAUCAGAGCAAAAAUCAAGCCAUGAGGUCUAAGGAAUUGUCCGUAGAGCUCCGAGACAGGAUUGUGUCGAGGCACAGAUCUGGGGAAGGGUACCAAAAAAUGUCUGCAGUAUUGAAGGUCGCCAAGAACACAGUGGCCUCCAUCAUUCUUAAAUGGAAGAAGUUUGGAACCACCAUGACUCUUCCUAGAGCUGGCCGCCCGGCCAAACUGAGCAAUAGGGGGAGAAGGGCCUUGGUCAGGGAGGUGACCAAGAACCCAAUGGUCACUCUGACAGAGCUCCAGAGUUCCUCAGUGGAGAUGGGAGAACCUUACAGAAGGACAACCAUCUCAGCAGCACUCCACCAAUCAGGCCUUUAUUGUAGAGUGGCCAGACGGAAGCCACUCCUCAGAAGAAGGCACAUGACAGCCUGCUUGGAGUUUGCUAAAAGGCACCUAAAGGACUCUUAGACUAUGAGAAACAAGAUUAUCUGGUCUAAUGAAACCAAGAUUGAACUCUUUGGCCUGAAUGCCAAGCAUCACGUCUGGAGGAAACCUGCCACCAUCCCUACGGUGAAGCAUGGUGGUGGCAGCAUCAUGCUGUGGGGAUGUUUUUCAGCGGCAGGGACUGGGUGACUAGUCAGGAUCGAGGGAAAGAUGAACGGAGCAAAGUUCAGAGAGAUACUUGAUGAAAACCUGCUCCAGAGCGCUCAGGACCUCAGACUGGGGCGACGGUUCACCUUCCAUCAGGACAACGACCCUAAGCACACAGCCAAGACAACGCAGGAGUGACUUCGGGACAAGUCUCUGAAUGUCCUUGAGUGGCCCAGCCAGAGCCCGGACUUGAACCUGAUCGAACAUCUCUGGAGAGACCUGAAAAUGGCUGUGCAGCGACGCUCCCCAUCCAACCUGACAGAACUUGAAAGGAUCUGCAGAGAAGAAUCGGUGAAGCUUCCCAAAUACAGGUGUGCCAAGCUUGUGGCGUCAUACCCAAGAAGACUCAAGGCUGUGAUCGCUGCCAAAGGUGCUUAAAUAAAGUACUGAGUAAAGGGUCUGAAUACUUAUGUAAAUGUAAUACUACCGUAAUAAAUUAGCAAAAAUGUCAAAAAAACAUUAUCGGGUAUUGUGUGUGCAUUGAGGAGGAAAAAAAACAAUUGAAUCCAUUUUAGAAUAUGGCUGUAACGUAACAAAAUGUGGAAAACGUCAAAGGGUAUGAAAACUUUCUGAAUGCACUGUACUCCAAAUUUUACCUUUCUUAUAAUUUUUUUAAAAUAAAUUGCUGAGGUGUAGUCAAUUUUGAGGACACAAGCUCAAGUACACAGUAUUAAAUAUUUUAUAUUAUGUAUUUCCUAUUCAACAAAACUGUAUGAAUGAGGCUUGAAAUUACUUAUAUGCGUUCUAAAUAUAGUUUAAUCAAAUUAUAAAAUGACUAACUAUAAGAUUUCACAUCCUAUGUCAUACAAGCUCAGAAAUAUACUACUGUGUCAUUGUGGGAAGCCGGGCUAUCGCUCAAUGCAAGCCAUUUUAAUCUACGGUGUCAACAGAUGAUCCAUUUCUAAGCGAAAAUGUUGAUGUAGGUCGGAAACCGGUACCAGAACCACGCAGGUCCCCUAAACAGGGGACUUUAAAUCUAAGAAGUUUUAACUGUGUCAAUUGACUUGUCAAUUUGCUUGUCAGUCAUUGUUGCUAAUGUAAUGAAUCAUGUAAUGUAGUAGUAAUUAAUAUAAUUAAUUAGUAAUGAAUUAGUCAUUAAUGCUAGUUAUUACUCCUAAUUACUGUUAACUACUCAUGGAAAUGAUGUCACAGUUAGUGCUCAACAGAUACAGUAGACUGGUCAUGCCCAAAUAGGCUUCUCCUACAGGUGGGUUACUGCACUGCCCUAACUGAUGCACAUAAUACAGGACAGUCCCAUUCCCUAUCUAACCUUUUCUCCUCUUUCACUCCCCCUCAUGGAUUUAAAAGGAAUUAACUAGUGUAAGAAAUAUAAUGGACCAUCAGUGCCAUGCAUUUACAUCUAUGUGAGCAAGUGCACCCUUGGUGGGAAAUUGUAAAUCCUUUUUGUGAAGUACCAUAAUGAUGCUUUGGACUUUUUUGCAGUGUACACAUUUUUGAGGAAGUAAGUUCAAACAAUCAGAAGAUGUCCUACUCCUGAGUCUUGUGAAUUUCAAUAUGCUGGUAAAUGAAGCCAUUAAAAUUCAGUAUACAUUUCAGACAAAAAUCACAGAUAGGAUGAAUAGACAAAGAAAGGUAUGUUGGAUUUUGUUUGCAGUUUUAUUAGCUGACAAAAAGAAACAACAAUAUUAAGAAGAAUAUAAAUGCCCUUUGCUUAGCUCAUGCCCGCUCCACAGGUUCGUUUCUCACAUUGCAGUGAUCAUUUUGUUUCAGACCCUAGUCUCAGCCCAGUCUGUGACUGCUGACCUACAACCUCCACAUCCAUGCGUCUCUCUCAGUUCAUUGUUCGAAGCAGUGGUACAAUGUCCUCCUCUGGAGCGGGAAAGAGACGCAGCAUGUCCCUGGAACAUUUGGAAUAGAUCGUGGGUGACAACAAGGCCUUCUUCGGUGUGAAAAAGGACACAGUCUUCUCCAAAAUAGGAGAUAUGGGAGAUGUAGGAAUCCCGUUCUGGAAGUGUCCUCCAAUAACUAUCUUCAGUCUCUCCACACCACUGCUGCAUUUCUUCUCAAACAGAGAGUUUACAACUAAAAACAAGAAAAUACAAUUAUGGACACCUAUUCUCUCUCACACACAGUUUCUAUUCAUUUUAAUAUCUUAUGACCUGAAGUAUUUCAGUGUAAUUUAACCUGAUCUUUCCUAAUGUGCUGAUCUUUCACGUUCAUGCUGUCCUGAAGAGCAAUGUCCAUGUAGGCUGGCAUUUUUAGAUAUUGGUCUUGAGUUUGAAGCUUGUCAAUAAAGUAGAGAUGUUGGUCUUGGUAGGUUUUGCUCUAGAGUUUGUGUUGUGGUAGCUCCUCUGCUGUGCUGCGUUGCUGCUGGUCUUGGGUCAGCUGAUGCUUAGAGAGUCUUCCUUAGUGAGCUCUGCAUCUCCACUUUGUGUGUAUGUGCCUCCUCCUAAGCUGUCACAUGCUCUGCAGCCAAUCAGAGGGCUCGGAUGGUGGGACAAUAGUCAGUGGGAAUAAAAGCUAAUUCCACACAGGACAGGUGGGAUGUUGUUCUUUAUGCCAUACGCCAAAGAGGUCGGCCACAUUAGUCCGUGGGAACGUGGCUAUGCCCAUGUGUAAUCAGAAAAACGAUGUUCUCAUGUCAAGUUGUGAUACAAAUCAUCAGAAUUAUAAUAUGGCACAUAUGCUAGGAUUACAAGUCUUUCUACUCAUUGCAACACAUAUACACAUCACAGAAGACACAACAACACGCGUCUUUAUUUAUAAUAUGACCAUUUUAUAGUAGGAAUAUGAUAAAGACAGUGAUGAGCACAUAGUUGCUUGGAUUACCUGUCUUUGGGCUAAUAGCCAACCAUCAGCAAAAUAUUGGACUAUAAACUGGCCAUCGCAAUUUUAACUGAUCCAGAUGGUUUGCCCUGUAAGCCUGCAUGGGAACAGCCAGUGGGUCUUUGUGAUAUCAGACACACUUCUAUUGUGUGUCAGGGCUCAGCAGACUACAUGCAGAAGUGUGGGAAGCCGUGUGUCUCUGUGGCUCCAAGCUCCAGAGAGGAGGGCUUGUGACUGGGGCACACAGCUUUGUGCAGGGAGCCAGCUGUGCUGUGGAGCUCAGAGGAGGGAAGUGUGCUGCCUGGGACUUCUGGGAAACAUUCCUUAUUGUCCUCCGAAGAUCAUCCAUUGGCUACAGACUGUGAGAAACUCCAACGAGCGCAAGACCCACACAUUCAUAUGCAGAUUUGGGACAGAUGAAUAUAUAUAGGAGAGAUGAAGCCAGUAGAAAUCAUGAUUCACUUUCUACAUAGAGACCUCUACAGCACAGAGAUCAUGCCAUGGUACCUACAAUCACUUCAGCUAUAAUCUACUAUAAGGAGCAGCUGAAUUUGACCAAUAAGGUAAAUUGAAGAUUCAAAUUCAUGGAAAUGAAUUCAAUUUGAAUGAUUUUCUAUUUGUUUCAAUAAUGCCAUAUUCCAGAAUAAGGUUAUGAAUGACUCUCCUCUCCUCUUCUCGCAGCUAAGAAAGCCUGUGGUGGAGAAGUUGUUCAGAGGUCGUAUCAACAGCAGCAUUGAGCAGCUCAAGUCUCUCCUGGGUCCAGAGAUUCCUCAACCAGCAGUCUAA